GCUGCCGCUCUCCAUGACCGCCUGCUCGCCCUUCGCGCUGCCAAGGACCUCCUCUCCACCACCGUCGGACACCACCAAUAAAAAUGGGAACCAUGACACCAUAGCACAACAACUGGAGAAUCCAACUUUACCAGCUCCCCUGCACACACCUGAGGUUGAGGAGGCCUCAAAGGAGAACAUUACCCCCCGUGAGGACUCUGACAAAGUUAACGAUGAUGAUGAUAUCCCAGCCAUGAAGUUCAGAAACUACCUUCCUCAUGACGAGCAACUUCGGGGUGGUAAGCUGGCUCCAGUUUCCCUUCCAAAGUUUGAAGAUCCAAUUUCUGCUGAAACUGCAGAGCCAAAGCAACUGGAGGACCCUUUUGGAAACAUAGCACCAAAGAAUCCAAAUUGGGAUCUGAAACGAGACGUGCAGAAGAGGAUCGACAAACUCGAGAAGCGCACGCAGAAAGCACUGGCUGAGAUUGCAGUGGAGCAACAAAGGGAGAAAGAAGCACUGGAGGAAGGAAGCGAUGCCCAAGAUUGAGACAUCAAGUUAGUGUGUUAUGCUUGUGAACAUGGAAAACCGUAAAAACUUGGUUGCAUCUCAAUUGUGCUUAGAUUCUGAUGGUUACCUAACAAGCAGUUUAAAGUGGCUGUGGUGCAGACCUAGCUUGCGUCAAGCCGUCAACAGGCUGCC